AUGGAAGUGGAUAAUACCUACCCAAAAGUAUCAAAUUUUUCUGUAUGUUUCUUUAUAUCUUUUCUUUCUUCCGUACCUGUGAAAGAGAAACUUGUAGCUGCCGACACUCACAACGGGACCACAAAUCCAUACCCAACUCUAAUAAUUCACAACACGAAACGCUGGUUCCAAUCGCGUGUGGACAAAUUCUCAAUUGAAGAAAAUUACCUCCAAAACUACAAAAGAUGGUGGUGCCUCGCCGCCACCAAGAAAACGGAGCACCUCACAACCAAGGUAAAAGAGCUUGCAGAAGAAGCAGCAGAAGCAGAAGAGUUAUUCAGUCUUCUAUCCAAACUGAGUUCCAAUUCAGAAAAAAACUCACCACCAUCUCCUCCAAAGCUUCCAAUCAUAGGAAACCUCCACCAACUUGGCACCCUCGCUCACCGCACUCUCCAUUCAUUUGCUCAAACCUAUGGCCCUCUAAUGUUGCUUCACUUUGGGAAGGUCCCAGUUCUUGUGGUGUCAACAACUGAGGCUGCUCGCGAGGUUAUGAAAAUCCCAUGA